AUGCCUGCCUCGCUCUCCGUCUCUCGAGGCGGGCCGGGCGUCACGACGGACGCGGGGCGCGGGGCGCGGGGCGCGCGCGCGCGCAGCGGCGGCACCCACCGACCAACGGGGGGUGCGGGGGCGGCAGACCCCGCCCGGCGCCGCGAGUCACCGGCGGCGAGGCCGACUCGCCGCCCGCCCGGCGCGCGAGGGCGCGCGCGCGGCAGCGUGGAGAGGCGGGGGCGGCCCCCGGGGUGGCCCCGAUCGGCAACGCGGGAGCGCGGACGGGGCACCAGGCAGUCGCGUCGAGGCCGGACGGCCGGCCGAGCGCACGCCCCCGCGGGCGGGGACCGGGCCGAGGCCCGGCCCACCCCCGGAGGGGGGCGGCGCGGCGACCGCGGUCACGACGGCUGGCCGGGACCCGACUCGCGCUCAGACGAGCACGCGCGCCGGAACGGGGCGCCUGCCGGGGGGACGGCGCCCCCGCCCGCACGGCGCGUGAGACGGCUGGCGGCGAAGGGGAGGCGCCGGGAAGGCGGCGGAGAAGAGGCGGGCCGUGCACCGCCGCGAGAGACGCUCGGGAGGUCGAAGAAGGAGACGGGAAAAAAGAACCUCCGGGGGCGAGUCGACGGCCGGGGUACACACGGGCUCUCACCGCCAGGGUCCUCCAGCACGAGGAGCGGUCCCGCGGCACCCGGGACAUCGACGGGCCUCGGGGAAACCCCGGCACCUCUCGCGGGGGUGCCCGGCCCGGCCACCACCACGGCCAACACUCUCCCGCACACGCGACGACAUCCCCCGCCGGCCGAUGACCCGGCACGGCCAAACCCCCCCGUCGGGACCGAGAGCACCUCACCCGGGGACACCACCGGCCCUGGUAGCCGGAGGCGACACCCGCGCGGCGAGGCCCGUUCGGGUCCCAGGGGGUGGCCAUUGCGGUCGGGCACCUGUCCGGGCAGGAGGAGGUCGGCGCGCACGGGGAGGACGGCGCGCGCACGCCAGGGACCGCGACGAAGGGCAGCGGGCACGCAGGGAGGCGGCCUGGGGAAGGCCUCGGGCGCGGACGGGCCACCAGGAAAACAGGCACGGGAUCCCACCGCCACCGACACUCGGAGGCGGUCCCGUGACGCCCGUGACGCCGGCCGGCCUCGGCCACCCUUGCGCCUCCCUCGGCUCGGCCCCACCGCCGGGGCCCCUGCGAGACGCCCCCACCGCGGGAGCCGUCCCUUCCGCCCACCCCGUCCAUCCGCCUGGCCCGCUCCGGGGCUCGCGCCCCCGAGGGAACACACGCCCGGGGCGCGGUACCCCGGACCGUGCCCGCACACCACCACCGGCUGCGGCUCGUCACGGGAGCGGGCGGAGAGCUAG